GGCUUUGUUACUAUAUUUGGGCUAUGGCUAUAUCCGUUUGAUCUAUUAAGCCCAUGAAAAUUUCUCUCAUUUACAAAACCCUAGGGUUAAGGUUAAAGCCACUCCUCCUCGCAAAAACGCCAUCGCGCACGGCACAAUCUCCUCCUAUCCCAGCGGCGAAGCACGGCGUGGACUGCUUAAACUACUCCGAAAAUGGCGGACAAGGCGGUCACAAUCAGAACAAGGAAGUUCAUGACAAAUCGCCUCCUCUCGAGGAAGCAAUUCAUCAUCGAUGUGUUGCAUCCCGGAAGACCUAAUGUUUCCAAGGCUGAGCUGAAGGAGAAGUUGGCUAGGAUGUACGAGGUGAAAGAUCCGAAUGGGAUCUUCGUGUUCAAGUUCAGGACUCACUUUGGUGGUGGCAAGUCCACUGGAUUUGGCUUGAUUUAUGAUUCUGUGGAAAAUGCUAAGAAAUACGAGCCAAAAUACAGGCUAAUCAGGAAUGGCCUCGACACCAAGAUUGAGAAGUCGAGGAAGCAGAUGAAAGAACGCAAGAACAGAGCCAAGAAGAUCCGUGGUGUCAAGAAGACAAAGGCUGGAGAUGCUGCCAAGGCUGGAAAGAAGAAAUAAGUUAGGAUUUUAUGUAUUUUGGUUUUUUGCGAUCUUCAAUAUUAUCACAAGAGCGUAUGUGUUUGUGAUGUUUUUGUUUUGCCAAAACUCUUUUUUGAUUGUUAUUAUCUGUUAUUGAUGAUGGGAGAAGACUUCUAUGAAGUGAAAUGAAAAUGUAUUAGUAACA